CCCCGUCUGCCGUGCCUACGAUGCACCUGCACAGCAGCACCGGGAACAGCAUGACACUGUCCUGGACCCCUCCGGAGAGACCCAACGGCAUCAUUCUCGACUACGAGAUCAAGUACUCGGAGAAGCAAGGCCAGAGCGAUGGCAUCGCCAACACAGUCACCAGCCAGAAGAACUCGGUGCGGCUGGAUGGGCUGAAGGCCAACGCUCGGUACAUGGUGCAGGUCCGGGCACGCACCGUGGCUGGAUACGGCCGCUACAGCCUCCCCACGGAGUUUCAGACAACUGCGGAGGACGGUUCCACCAGCAAGACUUUCCAGGAGCUGCCUCUCAUCGUGGGUUCGGCCACGGCGGGGCUGCUGUUUGUCAUCGUGGUGGUGAUCAUCGCUAUCGUCUGCUUCAGGAAGCAACGCAACAGCACAGACCCUGAAUACACAGAAAAGCUGCAGCAGUACGUCACCCCUGGGAUGAAGGUCUACAUCGACCCCUUCACCUAUGAGGACCCCAACGAAGCCGUCCGGGAAUUCGCCAAGGAGAUUGACAUCUCCUGCGUCAAAAUUGAAGAGGUCAUUGGAGCAGGGGAGUUUGGCGAGGUGUGCCGCGGGCGCCUGAAGCUGCCCGGCCGCCGCGAGAUCUUCGUGGCCAUCAAGACGCUGAAGGUGGGCUACACGGAGCGGCAGCGGCGAGACUUCCUGAGUGAGGCCAGCAUCAUGGGCCAGUUUGACCACCCCAACAUCAUCCACCUGGAAGGUGUGGUGACCAAGAGCCGCCCUGUUAUGAUCAUCACGGAGUUCAUGGAGAACUGCGCGCUCGACUCCUUCCUCCGGCUGAAUGAUGGGCAGUUCACGGUCAUCCAGCUGGUGGGAAUGCUGCGAGGCAUCGCCGCCGGCAUGAAGUACCUUUCGGAGAUGAACUACGUGCACCGGGAUCUGGCUGCCCGCAACAUCCUGGUCAACAGCAACUUGGUCUGCAAAGUGUCCGACUUCGGGCUCUCUCGCUUUUUGGAGGACGACCCAGCUGACCCCACCUACACCAGCUCCCUGGGAGGCAAGAUCCCAAUCAGAUGGACGGCUCCCGAGGCCAUCGCCUACCGCAAAUUCACUUCGGCCAGCGAUGUGUGGAGUUACGGCAUCGUCAUGUGGGAAGUGAUGUCCUAUGGGGAGCGACCCUACUGGGACAUGUCCAACCAGGACGUGAUCAAUGCGGUGGAGCAGGAUUACCGCCUGCCACCCCCCAUGGACUGCCCCACAGCGCUGCACCAGCUGAUGCUGGACUGCUGGGUGCGGGACCGCAACCUCCGGCCCAAGUUUGCACAGAUCGUCAACACGCUGGACAAGCUCAUCCGUAACGCUGCCAGCCUGAAAGUUAUCGCCAGCGUCCAGUCUGGCAUCUCCCAGCCGCUCCUGGACCGCACUGUCCCGGAUUACACCACCUUCACCACUGUGGGAGACUGGCUGGAUGCCAUCAAAAUGGGACGGUACAAGGAGAACUUCGUCAAUGCCGGCUUUGCCUCCUUCGACCUGGUGGCGCAGAUGACUGCGGAAGACCUGCUGAGGAUAGGGGUGACACUAGCAGGGCACCAGAAGAAGAUCCUGAGCAGCAUUCAGGACAUGAGGCUGCAGAUGAACCAGACGCUCCCGGUGCAGGUUUGA